CGCAUGCAUGUGAGUCUCCCGUCUCCCGCGCGCGCGGUAGAAUUUGCUUCACGAUUCACAAUCUUUCUACCAUUCUACGUUGGUCGCAUUUAUGGAUAAUGCGAUAUUGCAAAAGUCGGUAUCGCAAGUAUUCGGCAAGUAGUUUGCCAGUAGUUUGCGCUACUAGCGUGGUAUACUUCGUGUACGCAAACAGUUUGUAAUAAAAACCAAGACUAACCAAAUAGAUCUGUCAAGAGGAAUCAUUGAAUUAUUUUUCAAAAAUAAAGUCCACUUUUCUAUUUUUUCCAUCAUGUUUGCAGUAAGGCGUAUUCUCGUCUCCAAUACAAUCAAGGACAUAUUUGUGAGAUCAAAGCACUCGCUUCCAGAUUUACCGUAUGAUUAUAAAGCUCUAGAGCCCAUCAUAAGUGCAGAAAUAAUGCAGCUUCAUCAUUCCAAACAUCACGCAACAUAUGUCAAUAACUUGAAUAUUGCUGAAGAGAAGUUGAAGGAAGCAGCUGCAAAAGGUGACGUCAAUACACAAAUCGCUCUAGCCCCAGCCAUCAAGUUUAAUGGUGGUGGUCAUAUCAAUCAUUCGAUCUUCUGGUGUAAUCUUUCACCCUGUGGUGGUGAUCCAGAUGCCACCUUGGUGAAACAGAUUGAGAAGGAUUUUGGCAGUUUGGAAGAAUUGAAAAAACGUUUAUCUGAAACAACUGUGGCAAUUCAGGGCUCUGGCUGGGGUUGGCUUGGAUAUGAUCAAAAAGCGAAGUCGCUCAGAAUAGCGACCUGUGCGAAUCAGGAUCCGCUGCAAGCCACAACUGGUCUUAUACCUCUCUUUGGUAUCGAUGUAUGGGAACAUGCUUAUUAUUUGCAAUACAAGAAUGUACGUCCCGACUAUGUGAAAGCAAUCUUUGACAUUGUCAAUUGGAAGGACGUGAACGCGCGUUUCAAAACCGCUGCCGGCUGCUGAAGAAUCGAUGUAGACAUUUAGUGCAUUUGAAUCCGUUUUAAAUAUGUCAUUUAAAAUGACACUUUUUAGGGUUUGUAUUAUCACGAAUUUUCGUCACAUAUCCAAUGAUAUGCCUGUGAUUUUCUCUGUAUGCUUUUCUUCUUUUCCAGACUAUAUCUAACAAGAUUUGUGUAAUUAUGAACAAGUGAUAAGUAAAACAAAUGUAAAAAGUA